CUGAUUAUGCUAGCUGAGGUGGUAUUGGUAUUGCAAUUGAAUAUUCGGUUUUAUUCAUUCAUUCUAUGUUAAACGAUUUUUUUUUUAUGAAAAUGAAAGGUUAUGUUGUAUUUCACACAUAUAAAACCUUUAUUAAUUUAGAUUUACGUUAAAAACUACAAAUUUCAAGUUGUCAAUAUUGACAAGCAGAUCAAGAUGUCGAAGCGUACAGCAGAAGAUGGUGGCAAUGGCAGUAAUCAACCACCGAUUAAGAAAGUUCAUUUUGAACCCCACCUUAUUGGUCCAGUGUCAACCCUUGAAGAGAUGGACAUUAAAGUCUUACAAUUUCAAAACAAAAAAUUGGCUCAGAGAAUUGAGCAACGUCAUAGAUGUGAAGCAGAAUUGCGAGCGAGGAUUGAGCAGCUGGAAAAGAGACAAACUCAAGAUGAUGCGGUGCUGUGUGUAGUCAAUAGAUAUUGGAAUUUGCUUAAUGAAGACAUCAGAGUUUUAUUACAACGUUUUGAUGCAGAGACAGCAGAUGAAUCAGAAAAUAAAAAUGAGAAUGAAGCUACAACUUCAUUCCUAAUGCAGUUGUCGACAUGGGAUAAAGAGGAAUUAGAUGCUCAGCUUGCGAAUAGAGUGCAAGUAAGCAAGAGGGCCGUGGCUAAAGUCUUACAAGCAUUUGACAGACUUCAGCAGAGAAAUGAUAAGAUCUGGAAAGCAAUCAAAGGAGAAGGGGAAGAAGGAGCUCCAGCGCCGUCUCUGGACGAGGUGAUCCGCGCCACCAACGAGGAGGUGACGGCGGAGAGCCGGCGGCUGCAGGCGCUGUGCACGUCGCUGCACGAGGGUCACCACGCCAUGACGCUGCGGGUGGCGCGGCUGCAGGACGCCGUCAACAGCCGCGACACCGAGAACGCCGAGCUCAAGAAUCAGAUUGAUGACCUGCAGUAUGAAUUGAUGAAGGUGCGCUCGAGGAACGACAAAUUGGAAAAUCACCUCGCAGAAGCGAUCGAAAAGCUGAAGAGCUACCACCAGUCGGGCGGCGCGGCGGCGGGCGCGGCGGGCGCGGCGGGCGGCGCGGGGGGCGCGGGCGCUGCGGCCUGCGCGCCGCACUCGGCGGCCAGCGCCAAGCUGGAGGACGUGGCGGCCGAGCUGGAGGAGCAGCGCGAGCUGGCCACCAACCGCCUGGCCGAGCUGGACCGCCUGCACCGCCAGCACCGCGACACGCUCAAGGAGCUCGAGAAGCUGAAGAUGGACAUCCGGCAACUGCCGGAGUCGGUGAUAGUUGAGACGACCGAGUACAAGUGUCUGCAGAGCCAGUUCUCGGUGCUUUACAAUGAGUCGAUGCAGAUGAAAACAGCUCUUGAUGAGACUCGUCUGCAACUCCAGAGCGCCAAAAACCUUCACAUGCGGCAGAUUGAGAUGAUGGAGAGCGAAGAGCUAGCCAGGCAAAAGGCACUACGCGCUGAAAUGAUUCAACUUGAAGAUGUACUUGGUCAAUUGCGGAAAGAAUAUGAAAUGUUGCGAAUAGAGUUUGAACAGAAUCUAGCCGCUAACGAACAGACUGGUCCCAUCAACAGGGAAAUGAGACAUCUCAUAACUUCGCUGCAGAAUCACAAUCAACAGCUCAAGGGGGAGGUUCAUCGGUAUAAGAGAAAAUAUAAAGAUUCUAGUCAAGAAUUAAAUAAGAUUCGUAAAGAAUUGGAGGAAGCAAGUUCUCGAGGCGGCGCCCCCUCGGAGCAACCGGACGAAAAGCCGCUCGUCGUUAAAAAGGAGGAGCCCGAUCCUGAGGGAGAGGAGAGCGCGUGUGCGGAGGCCCGCGGCAAGGAGCACGGCCGGGCCAAGCUGCAGGAGCAGGACCAGCUCAUCAAAGACCUCAAACAGCAACUCAAGAAAGCAGUGAACGAGCAAAAGGAGCUGAAGUUGUUGCUGGACAUGUACAAAGGUGUCAGUAAAGAGCAGCGCGACAAGGUGCAGCUCAUGGCAGCGGAGAGGAAGGCGCGGCAGGAACUGGAAGAUCACCGCCAGAAGGCAAAAAUGGCGCAGGAGAGCAAGCGCGAGCGGCGGCUGGCGGACGAGGACGCGCUGCGCAAGAUCAAGCAGCUGGAGGAGCAGAAGUACGAGCUGCAGAAGCAGCUGUCGUGUGCGCGGCCCAACGCAGACCCGCUGCACGCCUUCGCCAGGCCCUUCGCCGGCUCGCAGGUCUCUGCCGAAGAGGAGGCCCUUCUAAAUGAAAUGGAAGUGACCGGGCAAGCAUUCGAGGAUAUGCAGGAGCAGAACUCACGCCUUAUCCAGCAGCUGCGGGAGAAAGACGACGCUAACUUCAAGCUUAUGUCGGAACGGAUAAAAGCCAAUUCCCUUCACAAACUGCUGAGAGAGGAGAAGCAACUCCUACAAGAGCAGGUGGUGACACGCGAUCAGCAGAUAGAAUCCAUGGGGCUGGUUGCUCGGCGGCUGGAGGAGAAGGAGCGCCUGUUACAGAACACUCUAUCCGCGGUGGAGAAGGAGUUGUUGUUGCGGCAACAGGCCAUGGAGAUGCACAAGCGGAAAGCUAUCGAGUCUGCGCAGUCCGCUGCAGACCUUAAGCUGCAUCUUGAAAAAUAUCACGCGCAGAUGAAGGAAGCGCAGCAAGUAGUGGCCGAGAAGACGAGCGCACUCGAAGCUGAAGCGUACAAAACUAAACGGUUACACGAAGAGUUGGCGGUCCUUCGGCGUAAAGCAGAACGUAUGAAAAAGAUGGAGCAAGCUGGCAGCAGUAUGGACGAAGUGCUCCUCGAAGAGAUCAGAGAGUACAAGGAGACGCUCACUUGCCCUUCAUGCAAGGUGAAGCGAAAGGACGCCGUGCUGACGAAAUGCUUCCACGUGUUCUGCUGGGACUGCCUGCGCACUCGCUACGAGACGCGCCAGCGGAAGUGCCCCAAGUGCAACGCCGCCUUCGGGGCCAACGACUACCAUCGCCUCUACCUCUCCACGUAGGUACCUGUCGGCGACCCCGCUCGCAACCCACCUACUGAAUUUUUUGGGUAAAUGAAUUUAAUGUCCGCUAUUGUGUAGUGGAGUUUUUAUUAACUGUUAUUUAUAAUCGGUUGAGAUUGUGCGUUUACGAUGGUCGGUGUUCCCGUGGAGUAUGAUAGAUUUAUUAUUCUUGAGAGUCAAGUGUGUCGGCACUUUUUUCUUAACUAUUGACAAGCCGAGUCUGUUUAUACUACGCCAGAGUCACAACGUGUUUUCCUUAUGGUAAACGUAUAUGCGUGUAACAUCAUUUCUAAGAGAUGUUUUCUUAGUGUAGGGGUCUCGCUAGCGGGCAGUACUAGGAUGUAUAUUUUGAAUUUAUAAAUGUCGUGGAAGAAGCAACUGACGGGCCCGAAGCUCACAUAUAAUCUUAUGUGUUAUAGAAUUGUCAUUAUUCAUAUAAAUUUGUUAUUAAUUACUCAAAUUACUGUGCAAUUCUGUAUCUAUAUAGUUCUAGAAAACAUAAAGGUGAACAGAUGGCGUCGUUUUUAGAUUCAAAUUUUGUACGCAAUUUCUUAAAAAUUAAUCCACAUUUUAUGGUUUCCAAUUUACGCAAAAAUAUAUUUCACUAGCACUGUUUUGGAUUUUGCACUUUAUAUGUGUAUUUUAUAAGUGCUUGUAAUAUUUGUUUUUAUCUUUUUGUAACAAUUAGGAUUGUCUCAAGGAAAUUCCUUAAAUGUAUUGCCUAAAAAAUAUAUAUAUUUUCCUGUGCCCGUAUGGGUAAUUUGAGGAAAGCAACGAUUUUGUUGUAUAUCUAAAUAAGGCUGAGUGAGCCAGUGUAAUAACAGAUACAAAGUUGGCAAUGUAUGUUUAUGUGAGGCAGUUUAGACAUAAAAGGCAAAGUGACAAAAGGUAAUUUUUUGCCAAAUACUCGUCUUUUUCUAAUAAUCAAUAAAAAAAAUUAGGACAAUCUUUGUAUAUUAUAUUAAUAAUUAAAGUAAUAUCUGUCUCAACAAAAAUUACAAUAAUUAACUUUACUUAGUUUCGUGUGAUGAUCUCAUGACAACACUGAAAUUUAAGAUUGAGGGAUGGUGAUGAUGAUGAUGUGAACAGUAUUGAAAGUGGUUUACUUUCUAAUCGGUUUGUGAUUUUAGUGGAUUCGGCAUCGCGAUGUGACGAGAGAACAAUAUGCAUAUUAUCGAUCGCAAUUGUCUACAUAAUUUAUAUAUCGAUGUUAGAUAUGUGGCUUAUACAUUUUUAGAUAAUUGUAUUUGCUUUUCGAGUAUUAUAUAGAUAACUUAAAACGAUUUAGACACGAUAAAAUAAUAUAAAUAAAUAGCUCAAACAUAGCUUUUUUCAAUUCUGGAUAUCCUCUAAGCAAAGAUGUGAAUGUACACGAACAAUUAAUAAAAAAUGAUUAAAAUAUGACAUUAGUAUUCGAUGGGACACGGUUUUUCAUUCAUUCCUUAUAUUAUAGUAAAACUUUCCAUGUAUUUAAUUAUGAAUUAUAUAAAAGAAAUCAUUAAAUAUAAGAAUUUAAAGUGCAUUUUACAACUAUGUAUGUGGCAUACAUGUUUUAUUGUUGUAUAUUGAGAAUAACAUGAAAUCGAACAAGUGAAUAAAGUUUAUCUUCGUUUAGUAUGUAAUAAGUUAAGUAAGUUUCAAUUUAUCACCUUAUUAUGGGCGUAAGGAAUAUGAAAGUAUAUUAUGUAUAAUUUUGUAAACAAUUUUUUGGUAUGUAAAAGUGAAUACAUUUCAUGAAGGUCAUAAGUGAAACUGAUGUGAAAAUUGUUCGAAAAAUUGUAUCCGAAUGUGUAUCAGGUAUUUUUUUUUUUCCUAAUAAAUUAAUAAUUGUUCAUUUUUCUGAAUUUAUACCCACUGAAAUGUAAAACUGUUUUGACUUUUUUAUUUUGUAAAAGUUCUAUUUAAUUAACCAUAUAUAUUAUAUGGCCUUUAUUAUGUGUAAUUUAUGAUAAAAAAUUUUUAGGUAUCGUUUUCACAGUUAGUCCAUAAUAAGGUAGUUCAGUUAUUAUUAUUAUUGUAUUGUAGAUAGGAAAAUAGACUAACGCCAGCCCACUGACUGAUAUAUUUAUACUUUAGGCUAAACACUCAUUGGGUUUAAAUAUAUUUUGCAUUCACUUCGCUGUCACUUGUAAAAUCUCAUUCUAACUUUCUUAUCGCUGUUUUAUAAUAAAAAAUCUUUAUUUUUCUUAAAUCUACUUGUGACAGUGUUUGGUACGAAUUUAAUUUAAAUUUAUAACUACAUUUGUAACUCUAAUAAUUUCAACCAAACUAUCUUAAGUAGAACCUCAGCCUUUGUGUUGUUAAUUAAUGUAGCUAAAAUAUUGUUUGUCACGACUUGCUAGAAAUAUAAUAGCUGAAAUUUUGUUAAUUGUAAAUGUUUUUUGUUUUGCAAGUGUUAUUUAAACUCUGUUAAAAUCUGACAAGAAACUAUGGUUAUUACAUGUUAAAUCUAUUUAAAUAAACUACUUCAUUAUUUCUGAACGUAUCAAUAUGCAAUAAGUAGGUAAAAGUAAUUCUUAUCUCGAAAUAAAUGUUGGGUGUGGUUAACAAAAAAAUUCAAGCAAAUUCAAAGGGCUGAGGCAUAUAACUCAAACUGUGUAUAUCUGAUUAAAUGUAAUAUUAAUUUAAAUGGAGUA